CCCCGCGGGGGGACCAUGGCACGCCCGGCUGCGCCCUGGCACUCGGCGCUCGCGGUCCGCAUCUUCGGCAGCACCUGGUGGCUGCUAUUUGUCGCCGGACAGGUAUGCGGAGACCAACAUGAAGGGCUUGUUUUCCUGAGGGAAUAUCCACUGGUUGGAAGAGUGCAAUAUUAUGAAGAUUUCCUGUCUGACCUCCUGAAUAGUCACAGAACUGAAGACCCGAGCUCCAGGACAACCCGCUCCGAGGAGGACAGGGACAGCCUGUGGGACGCCUGGGGCUCAUGGAGCGAGUGUUCACGCACCUGCGGUGGGGGCGCCUCCUACUCAUUAAGACGCUGUCUCAGCAGCAAGAGCUGUGAGGGAAGAAAUAUUCGAUAUAGGACUUGCAGUAACGUGGACUGCCCACCAGAAGCAGGUGAUUUCCGAGCUCAGCAAUGCUCAGCUCAUAAUGAUGUCAAGCACCAUGGCGAGUUUUAUGAGUGGCUUCCUGUGUCUAACGACCCUGACAACCCUUGCGCACUCAAGUGCCAGGCCAAAGGCACAGACCUGGUUGUUGAACUCGCACCUAAGGUCUUAGAUGGGACUCGCUGCUACACAGACACCCUGGAUAUGUGCAUCAAUGGCCUAUGCCAAAUUGUUGGCUGUGAUCAUCAGCUCGGAAGCACUACCAAGGAAGAUAACUGUGGAGUUUGCAACGGAGAUGGGUCCACCUGCAGGCUGGUCCGAGGGCACUACAAAUCCCAGCUCUCAGCAACCAAACUGGAUGACACUGUGGUUGCCAUUCCCUAUGGAAGCAGACACAUUCACCUUACCUUAAAAGGACCCGAUCACUUGUAUCUAGAAACCAAAACCCUACAGGGGGCUAAAGGUGAAAACAGUCUCAGCUCUCCAGGCAUCUUUCUUGUGGACAAUUCUAGUGUGGAAUUCCAGAAAUAUCCAGGCAAAGAGAACCUGAGUAUCGCUGGACCGCUCACCGCAGAUUUCAUUGUCAAGAUCCACAACUCGGGGCCUGCUAACAGCACAGUCCAGUUCACCUUCUAUCAGCCCAUCAUCCACCGAUGGAGGGAGACGGAUUUCUUUCCUUGCUCAGCAACGUGUGGAGGAGGUUACCAGCUGACAUCGGCUGAGUGUUACGAUCUUCGGAGCAACCGCGUGGUUGCCGAUCAGUACUGUCACUAUUACCCAGAGAACAUCAAACCCAAGCCCAAACUUCAGGAGUGCAACUUGGAUCCUUGUCCAGCCAGUGGCGGAUACAAGCAGAUCAUGCCUUAUGACCUCUACCAUCCCCUUCCUCGGUGGGAGGCCACCCCGUGGACCGCGUGCUCCUCCUCGUGUGGGGGGGGCAUCCAGAGCCGGGCAGUUUCCUGUGUGGAGGAGGACAUCCAGGGGCAUGUCACCUCAGUGGAAGAGUGGAAAUGCAUGUACACCCCUAAGAUGCCCAUCGUGCAGCCCUGCAACAUUUUUGACUGCCCUAAAUGGCUGGCACAGGAGUGGUCUCCGUGCACGGUGACGUGUGGCCAGGGACUCCGGUAUCGCGUGGUUCUCUGCAUCAACCCUCGAGGAAUGCACUCCGGCUGUAACUCCAAAACCAAGCCCCACAUAAAGGAGGAAUGCAUCAUCCCCACCCCCUGCUAUAAACCCAAAGAGAAAGUUCCGGUAGAGGCCAGGGCGCCGUGGUACAAACAAGCUCAAGAGCUAGAUGAAGGAGCUGCUGUGUCAGAAGAGCCCUCGUUCGUCCCAGAGGCCUGGUCGGCCUGCACGGUUACCUGUGGUGUGGGGACCCAGGUGCGAAUAGUCAAGUGCCAGGUGCUCCUGUCUUUCUCCCAGUCGGUGGCCGACCUGCCUGUGGACGAAUGUGAAGGCCCCAAGCCGGCAUCCCAGCGAGCCUGUUAUGCGGGACCAUGCAACGGGGAGCUUCCUGAGUCCAACCCGGGAGAGACGGAUGGCCUCCUCGGUGGCCUGCAGGACUUUGAUGAGCUGUAUGACUGGGAGUAUAAGGGCUUCACCAAGUGCUCUGAGUCCUGCGGAGGAGGUGUCCAGGAGGCUGUGGUGAGCUGCCUGAACAAACAGACGCGGGAGCCUGCUGAUGAGAACCUGUGCGUGACCAGCCGCCGGCCCCCGAAGCUCCUGAAAGCCUGCAGCUUGGAGCCCUGCCCAUCAAGGUGGGAAAUCGGCAAGUGGAGUCCAUGCAGCCUCACCUGUGGGGUUGGCCUGCAGACCAGAGACGUCUUCUGCUCCCAGAUACGUUCCAGAGAGAUGAAUGAAACAGUCAUCCUGGCUGAUGACCUGUGUCGCCAGCACAAGCCCAACACCGUGCAAGCUUGUAACCGCUUCAACUGUCCCCCGGCCUGGUACCCUGCGCCAUGGCAGCCGUGCUCCAGGACCUGCGGAGGGGGCGUCCAGAGGCGUGAGGUGCUUUGCAAGCAGCGCAUGGCCGAUGGCAGCUUCCUGGAGCUUCCUGAGACCUUCUGUUCAGCCUCAAAACUGGCCUCCCAGCAAGCCUGCAAGAAAGAGGACUGUCCCAGCGAGUGGCUCCUCUCUGACUGGUCAGAGUGUUCCACGAGCUGCGGCGAGGGCACCCAGACUCGGAGUGCCAUUUGCAGGAAGGUGCUGAAAACCGGGGUCUCGGCUAUUGUCAAUUCCUCCCUGUGCCCUCCCCUGCCGUUCUCUUCCUCAAUCAGGCCCUGUAUGCUGGCAAUCUGUGCAAGGCCCGGGAGGCCAUCCACAAAGCACAGCCCGCACAUUGAGGCGGCCAGAAAGGUAUACAUCCAGACCCGCAGGCAGAGGAAGCUGCACUUCGUGGUGGGCGGGUUCGCGUACCUGCUCCCCAAGACCACCGUGGUGCUGCGGUGCCCCACGAGGCGCUUCCGCAAGCCGCUCAUCACCUGGGAGAAGGACGGCCAGCACCUCAUCAGCUCCGCCCACGUCACCGUGGCCCCUUUCGGCUACUUAAAGAUCCACCGCCUCAAGCCCGCCGAUGCCGGCAUCUACACCUGCUCCGCCGGCCCGGCCCGGGAGCAGUUCGGGAUUAAGCUCAUCGGAGGCAACCAGAAGCUCGUGGCCCGGCCCGGGGGCCCGAGGAGCGAGGAAGAGGCCCCCCGGGUGAGGAAGGCCCACCCCAAGGAGGCCCUGCAGACCCACAAGCACCAGAACGGGAUCUUCUCCAACGGCAGCAAGGCUGAGAAGCGGGGCCUGGCCGCGGCAGACGCGGGCAGCCGCUACGAUGAGCUGGUGUCCCGGCUGCUGGAGCAGGGCGGCUGGCCGGGCGAGCUGCUGGCCGCGUGGGAGGCACAGGACUCGGCGGAAAGGAACGCGUCCUCCGAGGAGGACCCGAACGCCGAGCAGGCGCUGCUGCACCUGCCCUUCACCAUCGUGGCCGAGCAGCAGCGCCUGGAUGACAUCCUGCGGAACCUGUCCCAGCAGCCCGAGGAGCUGCGCGACGUCUACAGCAAGCACCUGGUGGCCCAGCUGGCCCAGGACAUCUUCCGCAGCCACGGGGAGCACCGGGACGCCCUCCUCAAGCCGUCCGAGCAGCGGAUUCCCCCCGUGGCCAUCCCGCCUCGCAAGGCCGUGUCCAGCUUCAGCAGCUUGCUCCGCGCCGCCGCCUCCUCCUCCGGGGAGGCGGCCGGUGGCUCCCGCCGGCCGCACCGCAAGCCCACCAUCCUGCGGAAGAUCUCGGCCGCCCAGCAGCUCUCCGCCUCCGAAGUGGUCACCCACCUUGGGCAGACGGUGGCCCUGGCCAGCGGGACCCUGAGUGUGCUGCUGCACUGCGAGGCCGUGGGCAACCCUCGGCCCACCAUCAGCUGGGCCAGGAACGGCGAGGAGGUUCAGUUCAGUGACAGGAUUCUUCUACAACCAGAUGAUUCCUUACAGAUCCUGGCACCAGUGGAAGCUGAUGUGGGUUUCUACACUUGUAAUGCCACAAACGCCUUGGGAUAUGACUCUGUCUCCAUUGCCGUAACGUUAGCAGGAAAGCCAUUAGUGAAAACAUCACGAAUGACUGUGCUCAACACCAAGGAGCCUGCCAUCACAGUGGAUAUAGGAGGCACCAUCAAAACAGUGCGGGGAGUGAAUGUGACCAUUAACUGCCAAGUUGCAGGUGUGCCUGAAGCUGAAGUCACUUGGUUCAGGAACAAAAGCAAACUGGGCUCCUCUCACCAUCUGCACGAGGGAUCCUUGCUACUCACAGACGUGUCCUCCUCGGAUCAGGGCCUGUACUCCUGCAGGGCAGCCAAUGUGCACGGAGAGCUGACUGAGAACACCCAGCUUCUGAUCCUAGAUCCCCCCCAAGUCCCCACGCAGUUGGAGGAUAUCAGAGCCUUGCUUUCAGCCACCGGACCGAACCUUCCUUCAGUGCUGAUGUCUCCUCUGGGAACACAGCUGGUCCUGGACCCUGGGAAUUCCGCUCUCCUUGGCUGCCCCAUCCAAGGUCACCCUACCCCCAAUAUCACCUGGUUCCAUGGUGGCCAGUCAGUUGCCACUGUCACAGGAUUGACACAUCACAUCUUGGCAGCUGGACAGAUUCUCCAGGUUGCCAAUCUAAGCAACGAGUCUCAGGGGGAAUUCAGCUGCCUCGCCCAGAACGAGGCAGGCGUGCUCGUGCAGAAGGCCUCUCUUAUCAUCCAAGAUUACUGGUGGUCUGUGGACAGACUGGCAACCUGCUCCGCCUCCUGUGGGAACAGGGGCGUUCAGCAGCCCCGCCUGCGGUGUCUCCUGAACAGCACAGAGGUCAACCCUGCUCACUGCGCAGGGAAGGUCCGCCCUGCCGUGCAUCCCGUCCCCUGCAACCGGAGAGACUGCCCUUCCCGGUGGAUGGUGACCUCCUGGUCCGCCUGUACCCGCAGCUGUGGGGGAGGCAUCCAGACCCGCCGGGUGACCUGCCAGAAGCUGAAAGCCUCUGGGAUCUCCACUCCCGUGUCCAAUGACAUGUGCACACAGCUUGCCAAGAGGCCGGUGGACACCCAGGCCUGUAACCAGCAGCUCUGUGUGGAGUGGGCCUUCUCCAGCUGGGGCCAGUGCAACGGGCCUUGCAUUGGGCCUCACCUAGCUGUGCAACACAGACAAGUCUUCUGCCAGACACUGGACGGCGUCACCUUACCGUCAGAGCAGUGCAGUGCCCUUCCGAGGCCCGUGAGCACCCAGAACUGCUGGUCAGAAGCCUGCAGCGUACACUGGAGGGUCAGCCUGUGGACCCUGUGCACAGCGACCUGCGGCAACUACGGCUUCCAGUCCCGGCGUGUGGAGUGUGUGCACGCCCACACCAACAAGGCAGUGCCUGAGCACCUGUGCUCCUGGGGGCCCCGGCCCGCCAACUGGCAGCGCUGCAACAUCACCCCAUGUGAAAACAUGGAGUGCAGUGAUACCACCAGGUACUGCGAGAACGUGAAACAGCUGAAACUCUGCCAACUCAGCCAGUUCAAGUCUCGCUGCUGUGGAACUUGUGGCAAAGCGUGAAGAGAGGGCCUAGGGAAGACCGACCCUGGCUGCACCAAGGACUCACGCAACCACCUUGGACAGAACUUAAGCUUUCUUCGUUUUAUUUAUUUCCCCCUCCCUGCCCCCAACCACGCACACCCCCAUCCAACCCCCACUGCCCACCCGCCCCCCCCCCCAGACUUGAGGACCUCAGCAUGCCUUCUCUUUCAGUUCGAUGGAGGACAGAAUGUUGGGAACAGACAGGACAGAGGUCUAAAGGAGGUUGCAGAGCAGACCGGGCCAGACAGUGGGAGCUCCCAUGCAAAGCUGGCUCCCUCCCAAACCUGGGUCCUAAAGAGACCUGGAAAGAGGCAGGGACAGCAUGGAGCCAGAGCUCCCAAGGAGGCAGGUGGGCAGGUCCCAGAUGGUUUGUGAAGCAUUGGUCCCGACUUUGGACACCGACUGGGUCUUUCCCACACACUGUUAAUGCAGGAGCGCGCUGUUCCUGUCUCCUCCGCUGCCUCUGUCCCUAGGCCUCAGAAAGGGCGAGGGGGGCACCAUGCUGAGGCAGAAGCAGCCCAGAACUUAGUUCUUCUGCUGGAAGGGUCGGUGGAGGGCACAGCAGAAAGGACUCAAAACAUGGACAUGUAGGGGAAAAGGAGGAGACAGUCCAAGUAGGCCUAAAGGACACAGUGUAGAAAGAGGGAGUAGAGGGCCAGGGGGACAGAAGCAAGAAAGCCUGUGCAUGUUCCUCAGGGGAGAGUAGAGGGAGACAGGGGAGGAGUGAGUAGCCAGGAGGCUCCCAGAGGGGCUCUGAACCCCCUGGGCAUGGGACCCCGGCAGGCUCAGGGGAGGGGCCGCUCGGAGCUCUGCUGCCCUCAUGGCUCAGGCUUUGGUAUGAGACAUGCCCUCCACGGGGUGGAGGGGAGGCUCCCUCCCCACACUGUCUCAGACAACUUUCUGCCUGUACACCCGCAGCAAAACCACCCCUGGCAUCUCUAAGUCCGGAGUCCCCCAGCCUGGAACUCACUGCUGAUGUGAGCCAGGGGCAUCUGAGCAUGUAUGGCCUUUGCUGCCCCACUUAAGAGCCAGGGACUAGAGUCAAUUUUCAAAAACCAAUUCAUUAUCAUCAAUUUGCCCGAGAGCAGCCAGCAGGACAUAGCAGCCACUUCAUUCCAGAGCUGUCCGGGGGCGGGGGGGGACAGUAGGCUUGUGGGAGCCCUGCCCAGACCACAGUGAGUUCCCUCCUGUCUAUAGAGCAGGUUGGGGCGGGGUGUGGGGUGCAAUGACAAAGCCAAAAGAUAACUGAAGCUUCCAAGACUGUCCUCCAAGACUUUCAACCCAUUCCCCACACACAGUGAACUACCAGGAGUCCACAUAUGCCAGUUUUGGUGAUUGGGCUAAUUGCUUAUUCAGCAAGUGGCUUUGGACGCAUGAUUUUGGCCACCUCCCCGAGUGGCCACAGUUUAGUUGUCAUGGCAGGGCGGGGCGGCGACAGUCACUCACCUUCAGAGAAAGCACCACUCCCUCGGGGCCUCCGCUGACAUCAGGGCUGUGUUUUCCAGCCUGCAAGGAAAUUGGAGGGGAGACGACGUUAACCUGUGUCCUCCCCAGGCGAGCUGUGGACAGUUAGGUGGGUUUCCUUCCUCCUCACCACAAAAAUGGGCUCUAAGAAAUCAUGUCACUAAAAAUCAGUGUAAUGUUUAUUUAAAAUAAAAGAGAAUGUUUUCUAUGUCUGUAUAUCUUUUGUGAAUAUUUAUUAGGAUUUCUUGUAUAAAAAAAAAGUGCAAUAUUAAUAAUUGUACAUUGUCAUCCAGAAAACCAAGUAUUUGGGGGACUUUUUAGUAACUUCUUGCAGUUGUGUUUCUGUAAACUCUGGUGAUUAUUGUAUUGUUCCUCUUUUUAAUAGAACCUGAUGUUUAACUCUGGAUCCAUUCACUGUGUACAGAAGACAUUGUAAAAACUAACAUGGGAUGAUGGGCAAUGAGAGAGAAUUCAUUUGUGACACAAUAGUUAACACGUGGGGUGAAGAAGACACAUUCUAUCCUAUUGCUAAUGUGGCUGGUUAUUUCUAGUUCAAUAGCUGUUGAAAACCACGGGCCAAUAUUCACAUUUCCUACACAGCAGGUGUCCUCAGCUCCCCCGUGUCAGGCUGGAACCUCUGAAAUGGGUUGCAGAGCCAGCUUGGAGGGCCUGGGUUCGGGGUAGGAAGCCGUGUGCCCCUUGCAUGACAUGAAUGUUCAUUUAUUGUUUGUUCUGUGAAUUGUGACUCAGCAGCGCCCCAAGAUUAUUAGGGCUGCUGAAUAAUGUGGAAGGAGGCACUUCCUCCUCUAAAACACAAAACUGUAUUUAUAUUUUUUGUACAGAUAAUACAGCUUAUUUAUUUAAA